GCAACUGGUUCACAAUGUCUGAGCCGGUUACCAAACAAUCUCGUCUGCUCGAUGCAAACGCCCAGGAUUGUUCUGUUAUGUGUUUUGAUAAAGAAGGACAUGAAGCACUGCGUGAGGCAGACGUAGGAAUUGUUGCUUACGUGAGCGAGCAAGUCCAAGGAUUUGAUUGUGUCCUCAAGAACCGCUGGGAAGAUUUUCUUGUUCGUGAAAUAGGGGAAAACGGCGGUGCGUAUCUCACAUCCACAAAUCCCGUUACAGCUGUUCCUAACGAUGCACAGGUGAACACGGAGGAUGUUAAUACCCUGCUCGAGCCUUUUCAAGAUGAUUUGCACAGUCUUAUUGGAGGAAAAUUGAAUUCCAUAAAAAUAGAGGCUCCAGACUCGAAGUCCGAAAGAACUUCUAUCCACCAAGCGAUUAGUGCCGCUUAUCCGCAGCUGUCAACUUCCACGAUUCGCGAUGGUGAUCACACUGUUAUUGUUGUUUACCAUACCAGAGGGAAGACAGAUUUAAGUGUGCCAAAAAGAAAGACUACAAAACUACCGAAAGGUCUACCUUAUUGUAGAUUUGUUCUGUAUAAGGAAGGAAGAGACACUAUUAGUGCUAUCCAGCUCCUGAGUUCCCAUCUCCGCGUCAAUCCUGGUUGUUUCAGUUAUGCUGGCACAAAAGACAAACGCGCGAUCACAACACAGUUUGUUGCUGUCAAAGGUAUUGAUUCCGAGCGUCUAGCAUCCCUCAAUCACCGUCUCCCUAGCAUAUGCAUGGGGAAUUUCUGCUAUUCCUCCAGCCCUUUGUUUUUAGGCGACCUUGUAGGCAACGAGUUCACUAUUGUCUUGAGAUCCAUUACAAACAGUGUUGGUAUAAUUGAAGAAGCGAUUCACUCAUGGACAGCAAAUGGCUUUAUAAAUUACUAUGGACUACAGAGGUUUGGUCACUCCUCUAAGUCUAAAAGCUUUGAGAUUGGAAAGUACCUAAUUCGAGGAGAGUGGUCGCAUGCAAUCGAUCUGAUCUUGAUGCCAACUAGUGCAGAUCUUCCACAUGUUCGUCAAAUCAAGGAGCUAUUCGCACAGUCUGGAAAUGCUGCUGACUGUGCUUCCGAUGUACCCCCGUCCGUUGAGAGGCAUUUACUCCAGGGUAUUGCCAAGCAUGGUAAAACACUGAACGCUUUGCAACUGCUUCCCCGGAAUCUGCGCCAGCUGUAUGCUCACAGUUACCAAAGUCUGCUAUGGAAUCGCGUUGCCAGUCGUCGAAUUAGUCAGCUUGGUUUAAACAACCAUCACGCCCUACCCGGAGAUUUGUACUUCACCAACCCACAACUUGAAGAGCCAGAGCCCUAUUCAUCCCUGACAGACAAUCCAGUGAAAUGUGACUCCCACCCACGUAACAGUCGAUCAACAUUACCGAGCCCCGAAGUGGCCACUAUCGAGAACUGCGACCAAAUCCCUCUGACAAGUGUGGUGCUUCCGCUUCCAGGUUUUGAUGUCCGCUACCCUUCAAACGAAGUCGGUGAUUGGUACUCGGAAUUGCUUGGCGAGGAUGGACUUACAUUAAAUGAUCUACGCCAUCGUGUAAAAGACUUUUCGCUCCCCGGUUCUUACCGCGCCCUUUUGGUGAAACCAAAAAAUGUAUCUCACCACUUCUCUACGUAUUCCGAUCCGAACAUUCCACUGGUCAAGUCCGAUCUGCAGUUACUUAACGAGGCAACCUCUACCUCAGAUCCAGUCAUAGACAAGGUAGACACCUGUUCAGCUCAUCCACAUCGCGCACUUGUGUUGCGGUUCACUCUCCCCAAGUCAAGUUAUGCAACAAUGGCUAUCAGGGAGCUGACGAAAUCAGCGGUGGAAAUCAGAUAA